AUGCUGACGAGGAAGAUGUCGAUGGGGAACAGUAUGAGAUACUGUGUUCGCUUUGCGAAGAGCCAGAGAGCCAGAGCUGGCGGAGUCCUGGGCUCUUCUACUCUGGAGGUGGUUACAGGUCCUCAGAGCCUUCAGCCUUUCAGGGACCGUCCCACAAAUGACGACAGGGAUGAAGAACAACUGAAGGAUGCAAGCUUAAACAACUUGAGACAUGCCUUGGGGCUCAGUCAAGCGGAUCGUGACAUGCAUUUAGCAUUGUUGCGUUCAGCUAGUCAAUACAUGCAAAAAGUAAAAAGAACACCUGGACUUGGAGGGUUGGAGAGUUGGAGAUGUGUGGGCAUGGGAACUUUCUUCGCGCUUGCAAGUGACCCUCUAGACUAA